AUGGACUCCAGGAAUUCUUCCUUUGGACAAAAUGAUACUCCUACAGUUUUGCCCAUCACUACUUCUGAAGCAAAUAAUUCACUCACAUCACAGAAUAUACUAGGGCCCCUGACUCAGACCCAGACUCUUUCUGCAGAGCAAUUCCAUCUAGUGGACCAAAAUGGGCAACCUAUUCGGUACGAACUUCAGUCAUUGGGGGAUUCUAAUGGACAAAUGAUGAUCGUUGCCAGCCCUUCAGAAAAUGGACAGGUAUUUCGUGUAAUUCCAUCUACCCAGACAGGAAUGGCACAAGUGAUUUUACCUCAGGGGCAGCUUGUGGAUGUGAAUAGUCCUCAGGAUGUCUCUGAAGAGAAACCCAAUGACAGAAACUUACCAACUGUAAGAAUAAAUGCUUUAGCAGACAAUACCGGUAGUUAUAUUCUUCAUCCACAAACAUCCCUCACAUUGCCCAAAAAGUCAGUGGCCAGGGUUUUAAAAUUCACUAUUAUAGGCUGGCCACAGUGGCUCAUACCUAUUACUCCUAUUUAUUCAUGUGAUUUAUUUUACAUGCAGAAAAUUGGAGAUUCAUAUCGUGGCUACUGUGUAAGUGAGACCGAAUUAGAAAGUGUCCUAACAUUUCACAAGCAGCAAACACAGAGUGUUUGGGGGACCCGCCAGUCUCCAAGCCCAGCCAAGCCUGCUACACGCUUGAUGUGGAAAUCCCAGUAUGUCCCAUAUGAUGGAAUCCCAUUUGUCAAUGCAGGGAGUAGAGCUGUGGUAAUGGAGUGUCAGUAUGGGCCAAGGAGAAAAGGUUUCCAGUUAAAAAAAAUCAGUGAGCAGGAAAGCAGGUCCUGUCAGCUCUACAAAGCCACUUGUCCAGCUCGGAUUUACAUUAAAAAGGUACAGAAGUUUCCCGAAUAUAGAGUUCCUACAGACCCCAAAAUUGAUAAGAAAAUAAUCAGAAUGGAGCAGGAGAAAGCCUUUAACAUGCUAAAGAAGAACUUGGUAGAUGCUGGUGGUGUUCUUAGGUGGUAUGUACAGUUACCUACACAGCAAGCUCAUCAGUAUCAUGAAUUGGAGACUCCCUGCCUCCCUUUGUCACCUUCCCCUUUUCCUGUGUCUUCUCUUGAAGAAGAAACUACAGUUAGAGAUGAGAAUUGUGCAUUACCCUCACGUUUACAUCCUCAAGUCGCACAUAAGAUUCAAGAAUUAGUAUCACAGGGAAUAGAACAAGUGUAUGCAGUAAGGAAACAGCUAAGAAAGUUUGUGGAAAGGGAAAUGUUCAAAGCUGAUGAGGUACCUGAAAGACAUAAUUUAUCUUUUUUUCCAACUGUAAAUGAUAUCAAAAAUCACAUCCAUGAGGUACAGAAAUCCUUGAGAAAUGGAGAUACAGUAUAUAACUCAGAGAUUAUUCCAGCAACGCUUCAGUGGACUACAGACAGUGGGAAUAUUCUCAGAGAAACUGUGACAGUUACAUUUGCAGAAGGAAAUUCACCACAAGAAUCAGUUACCACCAAAGCAGGAACAAAUCAGACAGGAAGUUCUUUGUCUCAUGAGCCAACCCACUUGCUCUCCUCACUUUCCUCAUUUCAGCCAAAAAUAUUUACACAGCUACAGGGUUUGCAGUUACAACCAAGGUUCUCCUCUUCUGAUGCAUCACCAGCUCUGAUAUCAGUAAAUAACCACCCCUCCUCCAGUCCUUCAAGACUUCUGGAUUCAACAGGAAGUGCUGUAAUGAAUAAUAAUUCUCUACUGCUUAGUCAAAGUCAUAGCCUUCAAACAGAUACAUGCCUAACCCAAAACAAUAGUACUGCCUCUACCAUGGGUAACCUUCCAGGACCGGAUCAAAAUCUAGUUGCAAUGGAUCAGCUAGUUGAAGUUGGAGAUGUUGAGGAUACGGGGAAUCUGGAAGGAAGUGUUCAUCGGAUUCUGUUGGGAGAUGUGCAGACCAUUCCAAUACAGAUUAUAGACAACCACCGAGCUCUUAGAAAAUUGAAAAUUAAGUGGAACAUAGAAGAAAAUCUAAUUAUCACACUGGACAAUGACAUUAAGGUGAAAUCUGGAUCCCCAAACAAAAGAGGACUAGAGGAAAUGACGCCACCAGCCGAAAGCUCGGUGGCCGGUUCCCAGCAGGGGCGGGGCGUUGACGUCAGCACGCCUGCCCUCCUCCUAGUCCAGCUGAGGAAAGGCCGACCUCAGUGCCUGGGCUGGCGCCAGUCGCGGAAAGGGCUGCAAGAGCCCUGUCGACUGCGGCUGCGCAGGUAUGUUGGGGCGGGGCUUCAGGUCACCCCGCCCCUCUCCAACCUACGCUACCAUUGA